CUGGGUGUUGCUCGCAUCAAUCCACCUGUUCGCGCGUUUGUAUAUGAUGUGCUCCCUUCUCUCCUCUCAAACGAAUGGAGCAACCACCAGUUCGCCUCCUCUGGGUGGUUUUGCACGUCGGCAUUUUAUUUUGAUUGCUUUUUCCACAAACAAUGUUUUUCUGAAGACACCAGCCUUGCAGUCAAGACGGCGAACGCAGCGGCUUCUCGUUGCGUGGACUGAUUUCGAACCAGUUUGGAAUUCUGACUCACAACACCACUGCGUGAAAGACGCAGUGGACGCGCCACUGUGAGGCUUUUCUUUUCUUUUUCCAUUUUUAUUUCUUUUUCUGCCUUUUAUUCCUUGACAUGGGCGAAGUCGUGGUACCGGUGCCACCUCGCCUUCUCGUGGCAGUGUGACAACUUUAUUGUUCAUCAUUGCCCUCUUUUUUUUUUUUUUCUCCUCUUAAUGGGAUCGCGCUUUUUCCGGGGAAUUACCCGUCGUUUCCUUCCCCAAUUAUGUUCACUUUUGCUGCCUUCUGCUAUAUGCUGUCUCUGGUUCUCUGCGUGUCCCUCAUCUUCUUCGCAAUAUGGCAUAUAACAGCUUUCGAUGAGCUCCAGGCGGACUUUAAGGUGCCCAUCGAUCAAGGCAAUCCACUCCAUGCGAGAGAGAGACUGCGAAACAUCGAAAGGAUCUGCAACCUGCUGAGGAAGUUGGUGCUUCCAGAGUACUCAAUCCAUGUACUCUUCUGUAUCAUGUUCCUGUGUGCUCAAGAAUGGCUGACUGUGGGCCUCAACAUCCCUUUGCUCUUCUACAACACAUGGAGUAGGUACUUCCAUUCCCCAACGGAUACCAAGGAGUUGAUCUACGAUCCGGCUUCAGUAAUGAACGGCGACACCCUCAAGUUCUGCCUGAAGGAGGCCUGGUGCAAGCUGUCCUUCUUUGUCCUGUCCUUCUUCUACUAUCUCUAUUGUGUGUGGAACCUGGAAAUAUCCCUCUAAUAGCUCUUACAAAUGGGAACACUUAAAAAGUAUGGUCUACUCCCUGGUUACCUCAUAACUGACCGAAGAGACAAAAAAAAAGCCUCUGGAUACACAAACUGCCAUUUUUACAAGAGUGUUUUUUUUUUUUCUUUUUUGCCAGAGACAUAAACGCUUCCCUUUCAACACGGGAUUCAUGCUCUAUACAUACAAAACUACCAUUCACAGUUUGAUUGGUCAGAACGAGUUGAUGUGAACUCUUGCAUAUAAACAUUCACGUGAACAGCAUCCUCUAGAUUGGUGCAAUUAAUUUACUGUUUGGUAGCAGUGAUGGUAGCGCACAGGAUGAAAAGCACAGUAGCAUUUGCACAGUUUGUCUCAGGCACAGCAGAUCCAGCACGCUCAUCCCGCUUCGGAACCUCAACAACCGUAGCAAGAGUGAGUCAGAAACGGAGGAUGCGUGGAUGAACUGGAUCACACUACGAAAGAAAAAAUAGUUUCGGGGAGGCACAUAAAUACAUUAUGACGGCGUGGUGGGCAUUUUGAUGUACUCUUUGUCCAAAGGCAUUUCCAGUGGAAACAUAUAGAGCAAAUGCCUUCAUGUUGUUUUCGUGUUGUUCUAUGAGAAACAUUUCUAAAACUCCCAAAUAAAUGAUCGGAAGUCUACACACACAUUUGCACAAAUCGUGUAUUUAAUCUUGCACAAUGUUUGCGAUAUUGGGCUGUGUGUUCAUGAUCAUGUAUGAUGAAGUCAGACACACCGAUGAAGGUCUUCCAUUAUGUAAAAUUUCAAACAGGGAAGCUACUGUAUGUUACAAUUUUCUAGUUCUAUUUCAACAAGGGACCAAAAUUCUCUUUGGAUACUAAUUUAUUACGUCAAAUGUGAGAUUUUAUUGCAUUCACGUUUAGCUGAAUGAUUAUUUCUUCCAGUGUUAAGAAUGAUGAAUGUGGUAGAAAUUGACAUUUUGGAAUGGAAUCAGUCACACAUUUUGAAUCUAAUAAAAGCAACUGUAGCAGCUGAUGUAGGCCACACCUCCACUGACACAAAUCACACCACCUAUGCUUGCUAUAACACACGAUUCCCUUAAAGUAAGAUUAAUAGGUUACAUAACAAAUAUGUAAUUUUGUCAAUGCAGAGCGGAUGUUUCCCCAAAUAUAGUUUGCAUCCUCUGUCCUACUACUAUUUUGUCCUAUUCCAAUUCUGGCAUUUUCUAUCCUGACUGUGUAUGUGACUUUAGAUAUUGUUUAUGAAAUAAACAUAUUUUAAAAUCAAAAA